UCCUCUCUGUGCCUCUGUCGCUCCUUCUGUUGCAUGCUCACUCAUCUGUCUGUAGCAGGGAUGGAGCCUACAGUAGUUUGCAAAUAAGCUUAACCCGGUUGAGCAGCUUUAAGUUGUGCAGGUUGUCGUAGUGAGCAGUGGUUAAUGCCUUGUGGUUUAGGAGGAACCAGAGAGGAGUGGAUGUGAGAGGGGGCAGAGCUGCAGCUACCAUCUCACCACUCCUCUCUUUGCCUACCAGAAACACCUCUGCUUGCUCCGUCACUGCGGCUGGGACCUCUCUAUCCUUCUCUCUACCUGCCUCUCUUUCUCCCCUUCCUCCUCUGCCUCCCUCACAUUUCCUGACUCUCUGAAUCACUGUCAGACGUUUCUUUUUGUUUUGUUGCUGCAUCAUUCUUUCAGCAGCACCUUUUUUUUUUUUCAUCUCACCCUCUGCACCGGUGUUGCUGCCAAAAUGUACGGGAACACUUGGAUCUCGAAUUACCUGAAUCAUGUCAACUUUUGCAGCCAAGGACUUGUGAGUGAGCCCCCUAUAAAACAAAGCAAUCCCAGAUUUCUGCAGAGGAGAGCUUUGAGUUUCCAGAAAGAAUUUUCCUACGACGAAUUAGACGACCCAGCAAAAAAUACUAAAGAUAUCGAUGCCAGUUUGUUGGGAAAUCUCCCUAAAGUCUCUGAAUUAAGAAAACGUUUCGAAGGCAUCACCACAAGCAGAAGCAACUUGGAAAUGAACAGAAAAGAGCGUAUCGCCAGGCGGUUGGAGGGUAUAGAGGGCGACAUGCAUCCGUCACUUAUGCCAAGCUUGGUGGCCAACCGGCUGUUAGAGGAGGAUACACCUCGAUACACAAGGGCUAAUGACCCCUGUGAACCCUUUGGUGUAACAGUCCAGAGAUUUGGUGUUGAUGAAAUAGAAAGCCCAGAGAUGCAGCUGACUGCACUGGAGCAGCAGCCAAGACGGCCGGACCCUCAGCCGCCCGUCCCCACAGAUGCUUCAUACAGUUCAGGCUCCCACAUUACUGGCCAAGUGAUGGAGUCCAAGGCUGAGCGCAUUGCCCGCUACAAAGCAGAGCGCCGCCGUCAACUGGCUGAACGCUACGGCAUCUCCUUGGAUCAUGAGCCAGACUUGGACCAUUCGGCUCGCUACACCCGUGCCCGUAAAGAGUCAGAGCCGCCACUGAAUUCUCACGCCAGCACCUCUGUCACGAGCCCAAGGCCUGCUCGCACGGCACCACAGCACGACCUCCCCGACCCCACGUACGAGAGGGGUCUAUCCAAAGCAGACUCCUUCUCAGAGAGAGAGAGGCUGAUGAACCUGGAGAAUCAACGCAGAGCUGCGCCUCCUGAACCAGAGUCCUCCUCGUACUUGGAUGUCACCUCAUCUCCCAGGGCUCCUGCUAGGGACUAUACGGUCUCUGGAAUGCCACCUAGUUCCCCCAAGCUGAGCAGGCACCAUUCUCUGUCUUCACCCAAGCACGGGGCGUCUCCUGGAGACCUCUUCAUCGAGCAGCAAGCACACAGUAUCCUGAACAGACAAGGUGAGAAGACAUUAGUGAACACUGAUUGGUUUCUCCACACUGAUGCUGAGGGCGACACCAACACACUUAUCAACUGGCCUUCAAGAAUCAGAGUUAGGGACAGGAUCGCCAGGGAGGAGGGCCGCCAUCGAAGUCGAGAGCCAGGACACGUCACGGAGGCUCCAGCGUAUCGUAGACAAGCUCAACACCAGUCUCAGACCGCUGCACACUUCAGUGCAGACCCGGAAGACCCCCCACUGACUGUUGCCUAUUCCCACCAUCCUACCCAGACUCAGCUUAGCCGAUUAGAGCACACAGGGGAACAGGAUGUUGUGGGAUACCCCAGUUACCUCUCCAUGGCCACAGGUCCUACAGCCAGAGGCUCACAGCAGCAGCAGGUUGGAGAGGAACAGAUUGACACAGAGGAUGUGAAAACAGAGGGUCUUCUGAAAAGCAGAAGGGCAGUGCUGCCUUCAGAGAUCCGCCGUAGGGAGAGGAGCACGGAAGAUCCCCGAAGAGGAAGGACAGAAGAAGACUUAGGGGUGUCCAGGGUGCACAGCCUCAGUCAGGCCAGAGAAACUGAGGCAGAGUAUCAUGCAAGAGGAAGACAGAGAGGAAGAGUCAGACGGUACGAAACAGAGCACUCCUCUCAUCUUCAUGCAGUGGAAGACAGGCCCAGAGAUGGGGAGAGCGCCCCCUAUAUGCAUCAAGGGGCAGCUGCAAGUCCUGGCCAGCACAGAACGACACACGCUGCUCCAGGAAGCUCCGCCUCCAACGCGGGCUGCAGUCGAUCUUUGUCAGAUGUUGCGGUUUCACACCCACACCCACAGACCCAGUACCAUGACCCGAAGGCUGAAGGCGUCAGUAACGGAGACAGUCACCAUGACUGCCGGGUGUCUGUGGCUCAGCUGAGACACUCCUACAUGGAGAGCACGACUACGCCUCCAACAAGGCGUAGGAAUGAGCUGGGGAACGGGGGACACUUGGAUUCUGAUGCUCCAUGGAGAGAGGAGAAAAACAGGGGGUGCAGACCUGGGCAGUAUAACUCCCCCGGGGGGAGUAGAAAGACCUCAGAAAGGUUUAGGACUCAGCCCGUUCGCUCUGCUGAACACAUGGAGACAGAUAGGUCCUUUGUGAGUUCAGAAUUUGCUUCAACUGAUGCUGAUGAAGAGAAGCUGGACGAACGCGCCAAGCUGAGUGUUGCAGCCAAGCGCUCUCUCUUCAGGGAACUCGAGAAGAGCAUUGAUGGUGGACCGCCCAAACUGCGAUCCAGAAAUGCAGCUGUGGACAGAAGACUGAGACGGGCGCAAGACCGCUCCAGGACUCAGCCUGUCACCACUGAGGAAGUGGUCAUAGCUGCGACUGUCCCUUAUCAUGUGCCACAAGUGGAAACUGUUCUCACAGCUGUAGCCCGAAACCCUAGUCCCACACUAGUUUACAGCACUGUCCCAGCAGACAGCCUACAGGCGUCCUCGCAGCAGAGCGCCAUCUACAAAGAGAUGGUACAGGAGCCACGCCCUGUUCCGGAAACACAGGAGACUCCUGUCUCUAAGCCAGUGAUUGCCAUGGAAGUAAAGGACAAGAUUGAGGGUCAGGAGGAGCCUGACCUCUGCACUCUUAGUCUGGCAGAGAAGAUGGCACUCUUCAACCGGCUGGCGCAGCCUCCAUCCAGAGUUACCCGCACCAGAGGGGACACACGCCACCGCAGGGCCAACGCUCGCUACCAAACGCAGCCAAUCACAUUGGGCGAUAUGGAGCAGCUUCAGAAUGGCACGGGCUCUCACACACACCUCCAUUCUCCUUCCCCCUCCUCCUCCGCUUUGAGAGCAGGGGGCACUGUGUCCUCGGACCACGCCGGGGACAUCCACAUCACCAGAGCACCAGCCCGGGCGGAGCAUUUUCCCCCCAGCUCUGAAAAACCUCCACACACUAGCCAAACAGAGAUUCCAGUCUUCACUUACCUCCAAGAAACCGCUAACCACCAGAAACACAGGAACCUCCCCCCGAGAGAGGAUGAAGUGGAUGUGGGAGGAGGGAAAAGGAAGAUCCCCUCUCCGGACGGGCAGGUCAGGCAGGAGGCUCCGUGCCAGCCCCAGACAGGAAAACAAAGGAGGUGGGAGGAAGAGGAGGUGCAGAUGGUGACACAGCGGCUGUCCAGAGAGAGGAGAGAGGCAGCUGGGCAGAGCCUAGAGAGUCACAUGUGUCUGCAGAGGGAGGAUGGCCACUGCAGCAACAGCCAGAGGAGCACCAGUGGAGAGAUACCGGAGCCAACUGUAGAGCCAACGUCCACAGCCGCAGCUGAUUUCACCAGUGCACUGAGUAAGCCCACAGCAGCGGACACACUCGCAGAGAGCGGGCCGAACACUCAGGCUGAGGAAGGUGAAGAACUGAGCAAGAUGAUGUCGGCCAGACACAUGUCCAUCAGAGAAAGAGUAGCCCUAUUGAAGAAGAGCGGCGAGGACGACUGGAGGAACAGGAUUAAUAAGAAACAGGAAGCGGUGAGCGCCGCUCUCAGCGAGCAGGAAGCUCAGCUGUGGGAUCUGGAGCAGAGCUUAAAGAAGAAGGACCUGGACACAGGGAUGAUGAUCGAUGAGCUGGCUGUGUCUGACCAGCUGUGGAAACUGGCUGAGGCUGAGAUGGAGAUAGACCAGGGGAUCGAGGCCCACAUGUCCAUCCAGGAGAGGAAGCAGCUGAUUGUGUCCCAGGAAGAGGCCUGGAAGAUCAAAGGUCACAGAGCUGCCAACGACUCCACCCAAUUCACCGUUGCUGCGCGCAUGGUGAAAAAAGGUCUGGCCUCACCCACUGCCCUACAGUCUGUAGUGCCAUCAAAACCUAAACACAACAGCCCUGCAAUGUGCAAACCACAGGAAGAGAUUAAGGCCAUACCAGAUCUGAACCUGGAGUCGGACAAAAAGCUUGAUCAGUUGGAGUCAUUUCUUGGCAAACUCAACAGUAAAGGGUCUGGACUUCCAGAGGCCACCAUUACAGUGACACAGAAAAAGGUGAAAGAAGUAAUGACUCUUGAAGAUGAAACCUUUACUAAGUUCUUCAGCCAAGUGGAGGAGCUCCCCGCAGCCAAAACCACAGUGGACAUAGAUGAAGAUUUCGAUGCCAUAUUCGGUCCACAGGUGCCAAAGCUGACGUCGGAGAUGGAACAACACAAGAGAGCUGUGCGCCCGGCCAGAAACGUGCAGGCCUCCAGGAACCCUCUGAAGAUGCUCGCUGCCAGAGAGGACAUCAGACACGAGUACACGGAGCAGAGGCUCAACGUGGGUUUGCUGGAGAGCAAGAGGAUGAAGGCUGAGAAAAUGAAUAAGAGCUCUGGUCUGUCUGAAGUGGCUCUGGCCGGUCUGGCCAGCAAAGAGAACUUCAGCAAUGUCAACCUGCGCAGUGUCAACAUCUCUGAACAAAUGUCCAACAACUGUGCCGUACCUUACAAGAAGCUUAUGCUCCUGCAGGUCAAAGGCCGAAGGCAUGUCCAGACCAGGCUAGUGGAACCCAGAGUUUCCUCCCUGAACAGCGGGGAUUGUUUCCUGCUCAUAGCACCGCACCACUGUUUCAUCUGGACCGGAGAGUUCGCCAACAUCAUUGAAAGAAACAAGGCGUCAGAGUUGGCCAAUUUCAUCCAGAGCAAAAAAGACUUGGGUUGCCGUGCAGACUAUGUCCAGUUUAUUGAUGAAGGUGUCAGCACAAACUUCCACUCCUUCAGAGAGUUCUGGCAGAUCCUGGGAGGGCAGUCCAGUUAUCAGUCUGCAGGAUCGCCAGAUGAAGAUGAGCUGUACGAAAGUGCCAUCGUAGAGACAAACUGCAUCUACCGCCUCAUGGAGGACAAACUGGUGCCAGACGACGACUACUGGGCCAAAAUGCCUCGGUGUUCUUUGCUCAAACCCAAGGAGGUGUUAGUGUUUGACUUUGGCAGUGAGAUGUACAUAUGGCACGGAAAGGAAGUGACACUGGCACAAAGAAAAGUGGCCUUACAGCUCGCCAAACACCUGUGGAACGGCACCUUCGACUACACCAACUGUGAUAUCAACCCCCUUGACCCCGGAGAGUGUAACCCACUCAUACCCAAGAAGGGCCAGGGUCGACCCGACUGGGCAGUGUUCGGCAGACUGACCCAACACAAUGAAACCACUCUGUUCAAAGAAAAAUUUCUGGACUGGAGUGACUCCAGAAAAACAACCAGUCCGUCAAAAAACAACAACAACAACAUCACCGAGCUAAAGGAUUCUUCCACCUUCGGCCAUCCCCGUGCGUACAGUGCCUCCCUCAUGCUGCCGGUUCAUCAGCGUCCCGUCUGCUCCAUACUGGACGGGCUCAACGUGGGCCGGGGCUACGGUCUGGUGGAGGCGGACGAUUGGAGAAGUUAUGAGAUCAGCACCUUGGCUGUGGAGGUGUGGCACAUCCUGGAGUUUGACUACAGCCGCCUGCCGCGGCAGAGCAUCGGUCAGUUCCAUGAAGGCGACACAUACGUGGUGAAAUGGAAGUACAUGGUCAGCACUGCAGUGGGAAGGAGACAGAACCCAGAGCAGAUAAAGACUGCAGGGCCUGGGAAGGAGAAAUGCUGCUACUUCUUCUGGCAGGGUCGCAACUCCACUGUGAGUGAGAAAGGAACUUCAGCACUGAUGACGGUGGAGCUGGACGAGGAGAGAGGAGCACAGGUGCAGGUGCUGCAGGGGAAGGAACCUCCGUGCUUCCUGCAGUGCUUUAAAGGAGGGAUGGUGGUGCACUCAGGGAAAAGAGAGGAGGAGGAGGAAAACUCCAGGAACGACUGGCAUCUCUACUGUGUGCUCGGUGAGGUGGAGGUGGAGGGCCACCUGCUGGAAGUGCUGUGUCACUGCAGCAGCCUGCGCUCCAGAGUCUCCAUGGUGCUGCUGAGCGUCAGCCAAGCCAUCAUCUAUCUGUGGCACGGGUGCAAGUCUCAGACACAGACGCGCUCUGUGGCUCGCACCGCAGCCAAUAGAAUCAAAGAACAUUGUCCUCUGGAGACAGGUCUCCACAGCAGCAGCAAAGUCGCCAUUCAGGAAUGCGAUGAGGGGGCGGAGCCUGCGGGAUUCUGGGAAGCCCUUGGUCGGAAGGACAGGAAGGCAUACGACUGCAUGCUGCAAGAUCCAGGCAGGUUCAACUUCACACCUCGUCUCUAUCAGCUGAGCAGCAGCUCAGGUGAAUUCACAGCUGUGGAGUUUCUUUAUCCUGCCAAAACCCUGGAGCAGGUCAACUCCAUGCCGUUCCUCCAAGAGGAUCUGUACACAGCCUCUCAACCAGCCCUGUUCCUGGUAGACAACCAUCAUGAAGUGUACCUGUGGCAGGGCUGGUGGCCUCAGGACAGUGAAAGCACCGGCUCCGCCCGCAUCCGCUGGGACAGUGACAGGAAGUGUGCCAUGGAGACAGUGCUGCAGUACUGCAGAGAAAAGAAUGAGAAGAAACCUCCUAAAUCCUAUUUGAUCCACGCUGGUCUGGAGCCACUGACAUUUACAAACAUGUUCCCCAGCUGGGAGCACAGAGAGGACAUUGCUGAGAUCACUGAGAGGGAGGCAGAGGUGUGUAACCAGAUCAUCCUGGUGGAGGACGUCUUGGCCAGGCUCUGUAAAACCACGUAUCCACUGGCUGACCUUCUGGACCGACCUCUUCCUGAGGGAGUGGACCCUCUGCGUCUGGAAGCAUACCUGUCUGAGGAGGACUUCGAGAAAACUCUGCAGAUGACCAGGGAGGAGUAUGGAAGUUUACCUGUCUGGAAACAGGUCAACUUAAAGAAAGCUAAAGGACUUUUCUAACUGAACUGAGCUGAAGGCCAAGAGAGACCACUGAGGCUGGUUUUUUGGGGGGUUUUGUUGACACAUGGUCAGACGGAAUCUGAGGAACUAGUCUGCUGAUCAUCACGUCCUAUAAAGACUAAUGUUAGUAGAAGCACGCGUCAUUCACACACAUUAAAGGUGUUUGUACAAAUGUACAGUACAUACAACUGCUAGUGCCCUUACACUGUCAGCAGUGCAGCCGUCUCUGGGAGCAGGUCUGUCACCCUGCUCGUCACAUUCUGUUGUCCCUGUAUGGUACUGUAUGUUGCUGUGGAACAAAUAAUUUAUAUUUAUAUUGAAAUGAAAUAGGAUUUAAAAACAUAUAAUUACCCAAACUGAAAUAUAAACAAAUAAAAUGUAUAGUGAAUAUGAGGAUGGGGUUGUGUGACAUCACAGAGGCCAUGUCUUUGUUGUGUAGUUUGCCAUUUUUUUAUGAUGCAUUUAGUGUCUUGUGACUUAAGAUUGGAAAAAGAAGAAUAAAGCUUAGAGAGAAGUGUUUGGUUUUUAAACCCUCCAAUGUAUAGUGCCUUGCUCUGUGUACAGUUUCCAUACAGAUUAUUAUAGUCUGCAUUCUGAAGACUUUUGUGAAUUAAAGAUCUAUUAGAGAAAUAAACGUUUGGAACUUU